AUCUAAACCGGCCUGGGAGCUCCAGGCGCCACAAGGGACUUGCCAUGGACGCGCCUGGUGAGACAAAAGCGAAUGGGGGCUUUGAAAAUCGCCUCACAGAGAAUGACGCAUCUCCGCGCAGCCGAUCACCCUCCGAUACGAACCCCGACGAGCACGAGCGACGUCAUCAAAGCAGUGAAGAUGAGUCCGAGGGCAGCGAUGUUAGAGACGAUGAUGAAGACCAAGACUUGGAUGAAUCCGACGAGGAAGAUGAAGAGCCAAAGCUCAAGUACGCAUACCUCUCCAAGCACUUGGGCUCCGUUUAUCGCAAUGGGGACGCGACCAGUACAUUCCUCGUUGCAGGAGACAAGAUGAUCGUGGGAACGCACAAUGGUGUCAUUCACGUUCUUUCAUUACCCCUUAUGCAACCUCUUCGUGUAUACCAUGCUCACUCAGCAAGCGUCACUUCCAUAUCGAUAUCUCCAUUCCCGCCACCAUUGCCAAAUUCAAAGCUCGACGCUGCAGUCAGACAAGCCGCGGAGGAUCCUCGCCCCCCGACACGUACCUCCACCAGCUCGGGCAGCAUUCGGGGUCACCCCAGGUCAAGCCAGCAAGCGGCUGUCCCAAACAUACCGUCCAAUGCAAUUUAUAUCGCAUCGGCCUCAAUUGACGGCAACGUGUGCAUAUCGUCGUUGGUAGAUCCAAAAGAUAUUAUGAAGCGGAAUUUUGGACGACCUGUGCAGGCAGUCGCCCUCUCGCCAGAUUAUAAGAACGACAGAACGUUUAUCUCCGGUGGCCGAGCUGGUGAGUUGAUUUUGACCACCGGCGGUCGUGUUGGGGUCAGUUCAAAUGCUACUACAAUGGGAGGAGCAACUGCUGCGGCAUCAAGUUGGCUAGGAUCAAUGGGACUGGGUAACAGCAGCGGAAAAGAUACAAUAUUGCACAGCGGUGAAGGCGCUAUCAGCACCGUCCGGUGGUCUUUGUCUGGCAAAUAUGUUACCUGGGCCAAUGAGGAGGGCAUCAAGAUCAUGCGCUCCAACCUGCAUCUGGAAUCCGCGGAGAUCGAAUUCGCUUGGAAACGUAUCAGCCACAUAGACCGGCCAAAUGGACCGGGAUGGGAAGAAAUGGCGAGUGUUUGGAAGGCGCGUGCUGAAUGGAUUGACCAAGCGGCUUUGGACGAUCAUGACAACCUUGACUCAGGUGACGGGAUAACACAGCAAAGGCCACCGCCCCCAAUACCAACGGAGAAGGUUGAAAAACUUGUCGUGGGCUGGGGAGGUACUGUAUGGGUUAUUGAUGUUUACCCAGAUCGGGCAAGCAAGCAUUCGAAGGGCGAAAAAUAUGGCUCUGCAGAAGUUUCUACAAUUCUCAGAACAGAUUGUAUGAUAUCUGGUAUCUCCUUGUACACGCCUCGUCUUCUUGUUAUCCUGGCAUAUAUUGAAGCAGAAGGCGACCAAAGCUCCCCUGGGUCCCGGCAUCGCCAGAAAGGUCAAGAGCCUGAAUUAAGACUCAUUGACAUAGAGACCAAGGAAGAGCUUAGCGCCGACACGCUUUCCGUCCAUCGCUUUGAAGGCCUGGCUGCAUCAGACUAUCAUCUAAGUGUCUUGCCCCCAUGGAAAACCCCUGAAGGGCAAGUUGUUCAGCGUGGGGCUCUAGGGACUCUUGGUCAUGGUUUACUUGAUGCAACCAUGUACUCGGCACGCCUGUUUAGUUCAGGUGCCAGCGUCAGAAGUACCGCCAGCAGUGGUGACAGGAUUUCUGCAAGAGUUCCUCCAUCGUUCAGCCCCAGACAGCUGCCUGUCGAUGAGCUUCCCAAAGAGGUACAGGAUGUUGCAACCGCUGCAGGCGCCAAGAUCUUCAUUCAUAGCCCAUACGACUGUGUUGUUGCUGUGAAGAGGGAUCUUUCUGACCGAUUGGCUUGGCUCGACUCACGUGGGCAAUACGAAGAAGCUUGGAAACUUCUCAAUGAACAUCCUGAGGCUGCAGGUUCGGUCUUGAAGGAAGGAAUUCCAGGGUCUCUCAAAUCUAAGUCAAGCCUAGGUGACUUUUUCGCGGAUGAUAGGUCAUCGAUAAUGACCGCUGGUCGUAACCAGGUUUCGGCUGCGGACCAAGAGAAGGUUCGGCUUGGUGAACUCUGGGUUGAACAGCUUAUCCAUGAGGAAAGAUGGAGCGAAGCCGCUCAAGUCUGCAGCAAGGUUCUCAACCAUGCAGCGCGAUGGGAACAUUGGGCUUGGGAGUUCAUUAAGGCCGAAAAAGUGGACGAUAUUACACCUUAUAUUCCCACAGACCGGCGCAAUGCGCUACCCGCGAAGAUCUAUGAAGUUAUUCUCAGCGACUAUGUCUCCCGGGACCUAACUCAAUUCAAAGAAUUGAUUGAGACAUGGCCGUCUGACUUAUUCAACUCCAACACCGUGACAUUGGCGAUUCAAGACCAGCUCAAGACAGAAUCAAUGCGCGAAGACUCUGAGGAAUGGAGAAUCCUGACGGAUUGCCUUGCCAAGAUGUUCAUUGUUGGUGGCCAUCACCGCGAGGCCUUACACUGCUACAUCAAACUACAGGAUGCCGAUGCUGCUAUGUCGUUGGUCAAGGAACAUCAAUUGGUUGAUGCCGUGUCUGAUAAGAUUGUAGCGUUCAUCAUGAUUCGGAUCUCCAAAGCGCAGAUGAAAUCAGCACCGAGGUCUGAAUUGGAAGAGCUUGCUGCAGAACCAAUUCAAUUACUUGCCCGAGAGGCCUACACUGGAAUUGUUCCCCCAGAAAUUGUGGUCCAGCAACUGAAUGCCGCAAAUCGUGUUCUUUUCGUCUACUUCUAUCUGCGGGCGUUAUGGCGCGGCGAAUUUCUUCCUCAAGACGCCUCGAAGCCCGCUAGAGGUCGCGGCGCCCAUGCCAGAGACGCAGCGAGCAAAUUGGCUGCAGACGAAGGAAAAGCUUUGAUCGAUAAGUUCGCUGAUACAGCUGUGGAAGUAUUUGCGGAUUACGAUCGACCUUUGCUGAUGGAGUUCCUGCAAACGAGCAUCUCAUACACAUUCGAGACCGCAACCUCAAUUUGCGAACAACGCCACUUUACCCCGGAACUUAUCUUCCUCUUGUCUAAGAUGGGCCAAACGAAGCGAGCCUUGAACCUGAUUUUGUCAGAUCUAAAGGACGUAUCUCAGGCUAUCUCGUUCGCCAAGUCACAGGAUGAUCCUGAUCUUUGGGAGGACCUUCUUGACUACUCCAUGGACAAGCCUAAGUUCAUUCAUGGACUCCUCGUUGAGGCCGGAACGUCUAUUGAUCCAAUAAAGCUUGUGCGUCGUAUUCCGAGCGGUCUGGAGAUUGAAGGACUGCGAGAUGGUCUCACUCGCCUGAUCCGCGAACAUGACUUGCAAGCGAUUAUUAGCCAGGGUGCCGCGCGGGUCAUGCAUGGUGAGGUCGCCCUGGGAAUGGAUACAUUGCGCAGGGGACAACGCCGCGGAAUCGCAUUCUAUAUAGCCGAGGAUGAUGUGGAUGAGAAGAACACAAACUUGACCCCGAUGCCGAAGAACCAGAACCAAGACGCUGCAUCGAUGUCUAGUGGCUCGACCAAGCCCACCGGUCCCAAACGGGGGACAUGUGGCGGAUGCCAUGCUCCAUUCAAGACAAACGAACGAGAUAUUCUCGUUGGCUUUGCCUGUGGCCACGUCUUCCAUCUAUCCCACCUACAUCCGGAAGGGUCGCAGCAACACUCGAGCACGAGCAGCGUGGCAGAUCGCACACCUCGGCCCUCAUCCCCAUCCGAGGAGCCUUUGUCAACAGCUUCUCGUACCGUGGGUCCCAAGGUGACAACCGCGCGGCUUUUGCGAGAUAAGAUUGGAGAAGGGUGUCGAAUCUGCGCAUUAACAAGAAAAAUUGAGUCCCUUGGCAACGAGGGCGAGGAGUGA